GAGCGGAUUCGGCGCUGUUUAUAUCCGCAUGCACACACACGGGCUGGAGUUUUACACACACACAGAGAAACUGAUAGCGAAACAGCAGCAUGGCGAGUGAAGAAAGAGCACAGAGUUUCUCUCAUCUACCAAGAACUAAAUCCUCACCAACAUCAUGCAUCGGCUGCAUCCUGCGGGUUUUAUUUAUUGCAGUAAUACACAUGGCACAGGCCAACAAGCAAGCUUUCAUCCAGUCAAACAAAAUCCUGGAGGUACUACAUUUUGGCGAUGGAGCGUUCCUGCAGGCAGAGUCUGACAUUGACCUUAGCUCAUAUCAUCAAAAAAGUGCGUCCUUGCACAGGGGGAACAGCAGGCCUAUACACUUUGAGCCUCCAAUGCUGGACUUCCAUGAACAGCCAGUUGGGAUGCCAAAAAUGGAAAAAGUUUACUUACACAAUCCAAGUUCAGAAGAAAUUAGUUUAAUAUCAAUAUCAGCAACAACAGCGCAUUUUCAUGCAUCAUUUUUUCAGAGUAGGAUAAUUCCACCAGGAGGGAACACCUCAUUUGAUGUGGUUUUUCUAGCUCGAGUAGUAGGGAAUGUAGAAAAUACGUUAUUUAUUAACACAUCUCACCAUGGAGUGUUCACAUACCAGGUGUUUGGUGUGGGCAUACCUAACCCAUACAGACUCAGGCCUUUUGUAGGGGCCAGAGUCCCUGUGAAUAGCAGCUUCUCUCCACUUAUAAACAUCUUUAAUCCACACAGCGAGCCGCUACAGGUUGUGGAAAUGUACUCAAGUGGGGGCGAUUUACAUCUAGAGCUGCCAACUGGCCAACAAGGUGGCACCAAAAAGUUAUGGGAAAUUGCCCCAUUUGAGACAAAGGGUGUAAUGAGGGCCAGCUUCUCUUCACGGGAUGCUGACAACCACACAGCCUUCAUCAGGAUCAAGACCAACGCCUCCAACGAGGACGAGUUCAUCAUCCUUCCUGUAGAGGUGGAGGUCACCACAGCACCUGGUAUAUACUCUUCAACAGAGAUGUUAGACUUUGGUACACUUCGAUCGCAAGAUCGACCAAAACAGUUGAAUUUGCAUCUUCUAAAUUCUGGAGCAAAAGAUGUAUCAAUCAUGAGUGUUCGGCCAACACCGGCUAACGAAGCCAUUACAGUUGAGUUCAAGCAGGUUACGCUAAAAGCAGGAGAGAGCCGAUAUACCAAAGUCGCAAGUAUAAAUUUUGAUGCUUCAAAAGCAAGAAGACCAGACCAGUUUUCUGGUAAAAUAACAGUAAAGGCUAAAGAGAAAAGCUACUCAAAACUUGAAAUUCCUUACCAAGCUGAAGUUUUAGAGGGGUACCUGGGCUUUGACCACACGGCCACCCUGUUCCACAUCAGAGACAGUCCUGUAGAUCCAGUGGACCGGCCCAUCUACCUCACCAACACCUUCAACUUCGCCAUACGCAUCCACAAUGUUUCCCUUCCUGAAGAUGUUAAAAUGUUCAAUGUGCAUAAUUUCAGCACGCCAGUCCUUAUCCCUCCCCAUGAAUCUUGCUACAUCUUCUCCCUGCUCUUCCGGCCUGUACGGCCUUCUAUCCACAUUGACAGCAACAUCCUCCUCGUCACCAACGCAUCCAAGUUCCACCUCCCUGUCAGGGCCUAUACCGGCUUUCUGGAGCCUGUCGUCAUUUCACCCAGUUCUAAAGAGCACAUCUUGGACUAUGGCAUUCUAAGCGCUACAGACACCAGCAGUUUGGUCUUUGUGGUUGUCAACAACAACCCCAUAGAGCUGGAAAUUAAGUCAUGGCUUGUGACGGGAGACAGCCUAUCUAUGGAGCUGCUGACCACAGAGAAAGGGAACAGGAGUAUAGCACUGGGUCGAGUCGGGGAGCUUCAAAACACCUCAGCGGCCUAUUACAAAACAGUCAUAUUAGCUUCUGGCUAUUAUGCAGCGUUUAAAGUAACCCUGAUAGCUAAAGCACUGGAGGGUGUAUAUGAUGGAGCUGUACACAUUACCACAGAUUAUGAGAUAUUGACCAUCCCAGUAAAGGCUCUUAUAGCAGUGGGAACAUUAAGCUGCUCGCCCAAACACGUUAUCAUGCCUCCCUCUUUUCCGGGAAAAGUAGUUCAUCAAGGGCUCAGCAUCCAGAGUUCAUUCUCACAGAGGGUGAGGCUCCAGCAGAUCCUCUCUCUCACCGAGGACAUGCGGUUUUACUACAAACGUCUCCGCAGUAACAGAGUGGAGCUGGAGCCCAGGCGUAAAACCAAGAUAGCAAAUAUUUAUUUCGAUGCCAGUAUACAAUGUGGCGAUCACUGUUAUGUAGGAUUACCGUUUGUACUAAAAUCUGAAGUAAGACCACAUAUUCCUGCUAUGCUGGAGGACAUUUGGGACAGCGAUGUAGAUUUGCAUCAGAGACUGCUGAAGAGAUGGAAAGAGCUGAAGGAACAGUCAGGCUUUGAGGUGGAGGCUUUCUUUGAAGUGAACACAGAUCUACAAAAGAAGGUGCAGGCCAAGAUAUCAGCACAGCUCACAUGGCCUUCACUGAUCAACUCCUCACAGCAAGUUCUGUUCCCUCUCACCAACAUCAAUAGCUCCUCUGUGGAGGAGAUCAUUCUGGAGAACCCAGCUGAUGUUCCAGUCUAUGUGCAGGUUCUUCCUGUUGCCCUCUACCCGAACCCCUCAGCGUUUACAGAAAUAGUCGAAGACAGAUUCCCAAAUGAAAAGAUGUCCAACAUUAACACAAGUACACUGGAAUUUGAGGUUCAACAAAAUCAAACCUCAGCAGUGAGUUCUACAGGAUUUGCGGAAGGCUUGAUACGAAACUUUGUCUUGAAUGUGCUGAUUAUGCCAGGCGAGGCCAAAUCACUCACUGUAAGGUUCUCACCCAUCAGCAAUCACAGUGUCUCCUCUCUGUUAGUAAUCAGGAACAACCUAACCGUGGUGGACCUGAUUAUGGUGCGUGGUCAGGGGACCAGAGAAAGUCUCAAGCUUGCCGGGAAGCAUCCAGGGCCAGGCAGCUCACUGAGAUUUAAGAUGACCGAGGCACUCCUUAAAGACUGCUCAGAAAACAAACCCAAGGAGCCAAAUUUCACCUUGCGAAAGACUUUCAGGCUGGAGAACACAGGGCUUCUCCCUAUUCACAUCCGUUCCAUGGAGAUCAGUGGCACCACUUGCGAGGGCUAUGGAUUCAAAGUUCUCAACUGUCAAGAAUUUGCACUUAAACCAAACACAUCGAAAGACCUCAUCAUUCUGUUUACACCAGAUUUUACUUCAUCACGAGUCAUCCGAGAGCUCAAGUUGGUGUCGGCAGGUGGCUCAGAGUUUGCGUUCAUACUAAACGCCUCAUUGCCCUACCACAUGCUGGCGGCGUGUGUGGAGACCAUCCCUCCACCAAACUGGGAGCUAGAGCUCUACAUCAUUGUCUCCCUGUUUAUGAGUUCUAUGUUCCUCCUGGUUAUCGCCACGGCCUAUCUGGAGGCCCAGGGAAUAUGGGAGCCUUUCAAGCGAUGCCUAUCUGUGGAAUCCAACUCUCCCAUGGAGACUGGAAAACCAUUUGAUCUCAGGGAAAUUGUACGGAUACAAAGUGAUGCAAACUUGAAUGAUUGUGCCGACUCACACCAGAACUCAAACAGAGGAGUGUAUGGUUCAGGUGGAAGUGGCCGAGCUGGUGGGCGCCAGGGUGGCCUACACUCCAGCUCCAAUGGCAGCGCCGUUUUAGGGGACAGCAAAUCGAGAGGCAGCUCAGGGCGCUCAUCUAUGCAAGCUUCCUCCCCUUCUUCCUCUCAGCUCAUCAAAGAUGGCAGCUCAGGACUCAACCAGCUGACUUAUCGUAAAUCACGAAAUUCUAAACAACAGCAACAACAGCAACAGCAACAACAACAACAGCAGCAGCAGCAGCAGCAGCAGCAGACAACCAGCCCCUUGGAAGAACUUCAGAACCUGAGCACAACCCUGCCAUCUCAGUCCCAUAGAGGCCAAAGCACAGAGGAGCAGGACUACAGCAGACUUCUGCUGGCCAUGGACAAAGACUUGGACCGGCCUGAGUCUCCUGCAAUUAAUGCAUUCAUGGAACAGAACAUUCAGCAGUCUACACAAAAUAAAGGGAAAAUGAAGAAUAAAAUGAAGUCUCAGAAAAAGAAAGAGGAGAAAGAGAGGAAAGCAAAGGGAAAGACCCAAGGAGAAGAGCUAAAAGAGGCCCUUGCAGAUAAUGAUGACAGCUCCUCAACUACUACAGAGACCUCCAACCCAGAUACAGAGACUAAUAUGAAAGAGGAACCAGUGAAGAAGAAGGUCAGAACAGUUACAGUGGAAAAAGAACGAGAAGAAGUCCCUCCUUCACCCACUAAGCCCAAAAACAAGAAACAACCAACCACAAAGAAGGAGAAUCAAGUGGAGAAGUCCAGUUCUCUGGAACUCCCCUAUGUCACUCCACUGGAAAACAAACAGCGCAAGACAUUCCCCAAAACCAUCAUUAACACGGGAACCCAGAAUGCGUCCAAACCAAGACCUCCACAGAAACAGAGAUUGCCUGGUGGAAAGCUGGAGGAAGCACGUCCAUCUCCACUGGCCAAGUUCAAUGGCUUCAUGCAGGACUUCAGCAGUGGCUCAGAGGGGGAGAAGGAGUCCCCUCCGCCAGAAUGGGACGUUCCACUUAAAGUCAGCAACCAAGCAGACAGUCUUCAGCAGAUCUCAUUGCAGACCAUGAAUGCAGAUCCUUUUCUGAAGAGACCCAUCUCUGCCAUCUCCAGAACUUGUUCCCCUCCUCCUACUUCUCCUACCCUGAUGCCCCGCAUCAGCUACAGCAGCGUGCUGAACACCAGCAGUGAGGCAACCUCAAAGAAGGCUCCUGGGAACAAACUUGUCAAGUCCACAUCUUUACCUGGUCAAAAUGGAAAUCCCACUUUUGCAGCAGUGGCUGCCGGCUAUGACAAAAGCCCUGGUGGCAGUGGCUCAGGAAAGGCUGAAAGUCUUGGAAAGGUGGUCCUACCUCACAUGACAUCAGUGGAGAGUGACAGCUCUGAUAGUUCUGGAUUGUGGAGUCCCGUUGAAAACAUGAGCAGCCCUGGUUAUAGUUCCAUCAAUUCUUUCUCAACAUUUGGACCGCACAACCCACUCAACUUGACUACAGUGUUCAGUGGUAUAGCAGGCCCCAAGAAUUCGGAGCAUCAGUCAAGCUGGCCUGAAUACACCCAUGUGCCCUCUUCUAUCUGGGACACUGAACGCUCGAACCCCUGGCCUACCAGCAGUGGCUCCCCUACCACUCCAACAGCCACCAUACUGGGGAAGUCUCGGAACCCGUGGUCCCCUAGUCUGUCCUUCAGCAACUCCAUCUGGUCUACGGGUCCUGACUCCACCCUACACUCCUCACCAAUCCCUGAUUUGGUCAGCCACACGGCUCCAGCCACUCCUGCCCCCACCGACCUCAGCCACACUUACAAUCCUUGGAAUGGAUGGCCACCAUCGCUGAGCCGCUGGAACUCCGAUCCCUGGCCUAACAACCCCGACAGCAGCAACACUAACUGACAAGAGGAAGGAACACCGGCCCCCUGCAGCAACAAAACAAAUAUUGUCAUGGUUUCUGUUAUUAGGGAGUCUUUAGUUUUCCUUGUUACAGAGGUCCUAGCUAUGCUGAUAUAAUUUUAACUGUUAAAUCCUUUGGAGAAUUUUUGAUUGAAUUACCUAUUGGUUUGUCCAGGUUUCUAUUUCAUUCCCCUCCAAAUUCAGGUUAAAUCUUAGAAGUUAUUUUAUUUUGAGGGGUGCAAUAUCUUAUUUAAGGGAACUGCAAAAAUUAAGUCACUCAGAGAAUUAAGACCUUGAUCUAAAGAAAUUAUAUUGCCCGUUUUUAUUAUUUUAAAAGUUCCAGAUUUUGAGUAAUACUGUGUUUUUCUUUGGAACUAAAGUAUAUGGCCCAGUAUUACUGUAUGAUGUGAAGUGCAGUAUUACCCAACUAUAAAUGGAGCACUUUGUGUUAAAUCCCACUCUUCAGAAGAAAUGGGCCCCGAUUUAAGAGUUGCAUUCAUUUUAGAACCUAUUUGGCCAACCCUGUUAAUUUCUGGUAAGUUACAAUUAAAGAAGAUACAGGAUGAUGGUAAUUGUGUUAUCAGGACAACGGAAGUCUUUGUCCGAUGUUUUAUGGUCAAUGCCAAUUCAUGACAGCAUUGAGAAUUUGAGGUUUAACUUAUUAUUUUUAUUGGAUUCUGGUUAAAGAAAGGUUUAUUUGCUAAAAAUUGGUUUUUAAUUUAAUGUCAAAAUGAGUUGAAAGGGGUUUGUUUUCUACAUGGUUCAUUUGUCACCAUGAGUGAGAAAUCCGUUAUGUUGGAUGAAAUAAACAUAUCAGGCAGCAAUA